UCCCACAGCCCACGAGGCUGGACAGGACAGGACGUCCCCAGAUAUCUUUUGACACUCUUGUUUUCCUCCUUGGUUUGUGAAUGGUGGCUGGAAAGAAGGCAACAGAACUGUCACUGCUACCUGUGUCCUAUCCUGAGUCUUUGUCCCAGUGAAGACAGUUUUCACACCACUACAAAUGGACAACACAGGCAUGAAAAGAGGAAUUGUGAUUAAAGAUGACUGGCCAGGAUACAGCCUGGACCUGUUCACCUACCCUGAACACUACCACGAAGACAUAGAGAGUGUCUACAUACCACAUGGUGUCAUCAUGAACAGGGUAGAGCGUCUGGCCGGCUACGUCAUGGAUGACUUUGGGGACAGCAUAAUGGUACUGUGUGUCUUGAAGGGAGGCUACAAAUUCUGUGCAGACCUGGUGGAGUUCAUCAAGGUUCUCGGCCGCAACUCCAACAAGUACCUGGAGACCCGGGUGGAGUUUAUCCGUCUGAAGAGCUACCAGAAUGACCAAUCGACAGAGGAGCUGCACAUCAUAGGAAGCCGAGAUCUGUCUUUCCUACGUGGAAAGAGUGUGCUCAUUGUCGAGGCCAUAGUUGACACAGGAAAGACCAUGAAGGCCCUUCUGAAGCAUGUGGAGACCUUUGAACCCAAGAUGGUCAAGGUCGCAGGGCUGCUGGUGAAGAGGGUCCCUAACAUGGCUGAGAGUCUGACAGACUAUGUUGGAUUUGAAAUCCCCAACCGCUUCGUUGUCGGUUAUGCCUUGGAUUACAAUGAAUACUUCCGUGACCUGAAUCAUAUCUGUGUCAUCAGCAAGACUGGAAAGAUGAAGUACAAGGAGAGGACUGUUGGUGACAGAUGGAGAGAGCUUAUGGACGUUGGCAUCCCCGGUGCCCGGAUAACGCCCACUCUGACUCAUGGAAAACGCUCAGUGGGCGCAGCAGGCAGGCCGAACUGCGUCUCCUCACCAUACUGUGUCUAUUUGUUCCCAACUUUAAUCAAGUCUUACUGGAAAUCACAGCCAAAUACAUGAGUUUAACUGAGCAUUUUGGGAAAAAAUUAAACUUUGAGUGUCUGUUUAUUAUGAAUAACUACUUCUACAUGCAAUCUCAUGCUCAUUCCUAGAC